AGCAGGAGGUGCUGGAAGUGAUGGCAGAGACAUCCCGGUGCAUGGACGCCAGAUCUUCCUCAUCAGCAUCCCAGGCUGAGCCCCAGCAGCUGCCCUUGGCAUCUCCUGCCCACCCACGGGCAGUGAUGGGACACACUCCUGCACCUGGGUGGCCUGAUCCCAGUCCCCUGCCCUCCUCCGUGGGAGCAGGCGGGAUAUUAAGUGUCAUUGCUGUGGGGAGAAAUGCAAGCGGAGGAAUCCCGGGAAACUGGUUCUACCCCUCCAUCCGGUGCCGGCGGCAGGACGGCGGCGGUGGCGGCGCUCCUCCCUCGGCGAAGGCAUAUAACGCCUGCCAUGGUCCCGGCAGCCGGCACUGUGCUGCGGGAGGCGGGCAGGGGUGCCGGCGGCGAGCCAUGGCCUCCAUGGGGAUGCAGGUGCUGGGCAUUUCCCUCUCCGUCAUCGGCUGGUUGGCCGCCAUCCUCUGCUGCGCCUUGCCCAUGUGGCGGGAGACGGCCUUCGUGGGCAACAACAUCGUGGUGGCCCAGAUCAUCUGGGAAGGGCUGUGGAUGAACUGCGUGGUGCAGAGCACAGGGCAGAUGCAGUGCAAGGUCUACGACUCCAUGCUGGCCCUGCCGCAGGACCUGCAAGCCGCCCGCGCCAUGGUGGUGGUGGCCAUCGUCUUGGCCAUCCUGGGCACCCUGCUCGCCGUCGCCGGUGGCAAGUGCACCAACUGCGUGGAGGACGACACUGCCAAAGCCAAGGUCAUGAUCCUCUCCGGAGUCAUCUUCAUUGUCGCCGGCCUCCUCAUCCUCAUCCCCGUCUCCUGGUCAGCCAACACCGUCAUCCGGGACUUCUACAACCCACUGGUCACUGACUCCCAGAAGCGGGACCUGGGCUCGUCCCUCUACGUGGGCUGGGCGGCCUCCUCGCUCCUGCUGCUGGGGGGGGGCAUCCUCUGCUGCACCUGCCCCCCCCGGGGCGACAAGCCCUACUCUGCCAAGUUCACGGCGGCUCGCUCGCUGCCAGCCAGCAACUACGUCUAGGAGCCACCGUGCCCACCUGGACUGGGACC